UCCAGAGCAAGACACAAACUGCACCAUCUGCCUGGAGCCCGUGGGGGACAAAAAGUCCUACCACACCAUGGUGUGCCCAGUGUGCACACAGGCCUGGUUUCACCGGAGCUGCAUCCAGGGACAGGCCAUGAACGCUGGCAUUCUGCGCUUCCGAUGUCCCGUCUGCGGAGACAGGAUGCAAUUCCGGAAAGAAAUGCACCUUCUCGGGAUCCAAAUCCCAGCCAGAAGACCAACAUGGGAGGACAAGGAGAGCUAUGACACUCUGCACAAGACACACCAGCGCUGUGAUGUCAGCGAGUGUAUUCACACAGAAGGCAGGGAGCAAGCAGAGGAAGAGGGGUGAGUUACCUCAGCAGCCCUGC